AUUGUUUUCGCGAUUUCUUGUUAUUCAUACCAGUGCUUUGCUUGAGUCCUUGCAACUAUAGCUGGUAACAUGUCCUCUGAAGAGAUAUAUCUGAACUAUAAAGGAUUGAUGUUUCCUAAAGAGACUCACUCCUUAGAAAGCUUGGAGUUUGCGCAGGAAUUCAAGUUUAAAGACGAGGACGUCAUGGCUGUCGUAUACCCAAAGUCAGGUACAAUCUGGAUGCAGGAGAUCCUCCCACUGUUACUUAAUGGGGGGGAUCUGACCCCGAUCCACACCAUCCCUAACUGGGACAGGGUCCCGUGGCUGGAGGAGAAAAGAUUAGCAUUGCUUGUGGAUAAGAUGGCCUCUCCUCGGGCUAUGGUCACACAUUUCCCUUACCAACUCAUGCCCCCCUCCUUCCACACCUCCAAAGCCAAGGUGAUCUAUGUCAUGAGGAACCCUAAGGACAUCCUCGUGUCUUCAUACUACUUCCAUAAGAUGGCAGCAUUCCUUGAGGAUCCAAGAACCUUUGAUGAAUUUGUGGACACAUUCCUUGAGGGCAAAGUGCUGUUUGGAAAAUGGACAGACCAUGUGAAGGGCUGGAAAAGUGCAGAGCUGGGAAACAGACUAAUGUACAUCACAUAUGAAGAAAUGGUUCAGGACCUUCCUGCAGCUCUCAGGCAGAUGUCAGAUUUCCUGGGCCGUAAUCUGAGUGAAGACACCAUUCAGAAGAUAGCAGAACAUUGCUCUUUCAAGACCAUGAAGACCAACAAAAUGUCCAACUUCAGCCUGGUACCGAAGAUGUACAUGGACGCCGACAAAUCUCCAUUCCUCCGGAAAGGUGUUCUGGGAGACUGGAAAAACCAUUUCAACUCAGAGCAACUGGCCAAAUUCACAUCGGCCAUUCGUAAAGAUUUGGACAGUGAGAGUUUCUCUCUGCCAUGGAACCUGGAUUGACCAUUAACCGGAUAGGUAAAGAAGAAAAAUAUAAAUAAUCAAGGCAAGUAGGAAACUGAAUAGGAAACCAGGAAUGAGUAAAGGCAUUUUAUUGAUUUUAAACGCUAUCUUCUUGCUAGCUUGCAUAAAAUCCCUACAUAAUGUUUCUAUUGGAAAGAAAAGAACAUAAUGUUUUUGUGCAUUCCUGCAUAAUUGCCUUGUGUGUACUAAUUAAUGAGUGUGUAAUUACUGAUAAGUAAUUACUGUGGAACAAAUACAAAAUGUUUUUGCGACUAACUUGCAUAAUUGAAAUUGACAUAAAUAUAGUUUAUUAAUGUAUUAUCGGGUUUAACGAUUUAUUACAUUUUAUUGAACUAUCAUUGUAUUUUACACAUCUAAUCAGUUGUAUUGUUAGUGUGUUAUAAUCGUACACAUUUAUAUACUUUCAUUUAUGUUUUUUGACUGGAUUAUUGAUGCUAUUUUAACAAUGAAUGUUAAUUAAACUCUUUUUCUUAUUUUAUAUUACUAUUAGUAUUAUUCUGGUGUUUUAACUCUGAAUUCAUUAUUAUUUAAUUAUUACUGGAUUGAUAUACUCAAUAUCUUGAAUGACUUGUUGCAUGCUUGCUUUGGCCUAAAUAUACUAACGCAAAUGUCAAAUCUACUUAGUAUUCUUUUUCUUUUAAGUUUUCUCUGUAAGGGAUAUGUCUGAAGACUGAUUUGGUUUCUAAAUAAUGCAAACAUUUAUCUAAUCUGAGUGACUAUGUUAAAUUGGCAAUAUAAAAUAAAUUCCAUUUACCUCCAUUAUUGUUUGUGUGGCAGAAACCUGAAAGACCUGGGGAAAUAAAUGUUGGAGAAAGACUGUUAAAUAUGACACAAAGGUUUAACAAAGCCUGAAUUAUAUUUUACUACCUGCAUAUUCCAUAAAUCAGUUAUUCCAUAGUUUUAAUGCUCUCAUUAUCCUUCACCCUUCAUUACAACAACUUCUAAAUUCAAGUCCAGUGCACACUACCUGUCUGGCUGACCUUAAAAGAAAAGGUCAGGCUUCUAACCUAAAAGCUGUAUGAUUGGUCCAGUGUUUCUGUCUUACCUUUUGUAAAAGAUAUGGCUUGAGGCAAACAUGUACAAACUUGUCUGCACCACAUGUCUGCCUCAGAAGACACUCACACACACACACACACACACACAUACACACACACACACCCUCACACACCUUCCCCGGGCACAAAAGGCCUCCAUGUAAUUGAAGUAGUGUCAUAACUCAGGGGAGGGAGAGCCGGUGGAGAGACACACAUCAUCGCUGUUUAUUUAGACUCAGUACACUCGUAGUAGCCAAUCUUGCAACAAAUACAUUCACUCAUAAUGUUAUCUGGACAAAGACGGUCUUGGGGACAAGGGCUAACCGAUUCAUAGACAUACACAAAAGUAGGAAUAAUAGUAAAACUUUAAUUGAGGAUCAUGAAGCUCAACAGACUCCCCCAAAAACUGUGGCUCAACUUCUACUGCUGCACUAUUGACAGUAUCCAGAUGUACUGUUGUACAGUCUGGUACUGUCCUUAGCUAUAUUGUAUCCUCCUUUGAAUAUUUUCUGUCAAGUGCAAACAUUUUUCAAAAGCCUAUAUAAAGAGGAACAAUAAAGCUGAAAACUGCCUGAAAAACACUUAAAUGCUACAUUUCAGAUGUUUAGAAUCCAUCACUGAAAUCAUGUCAUACCAAUUAUUUGUCAUAUAACACUAAAACUUUGUAGUUCCAUUGAACUGCUUCUUUUUGAGAAGUUGCACUUAUUUAGUGAGAAACAUGGGUUUCUUUUUCAAUUCUUUCUCCGUGUUUUCAGCUAUAUUGCUGCUACGAUUUUCGUCUGUCAUUCAACAUUGAAACUGACUUCCCGGUGACACUGAAGAAACUUAAUCGUGAAUAUUAUCAGAUUACAGUUUACGGCAGUUAACAAUAUGAUAUGUGAAUAUUGAAUAUAAAAUGUGGAUUUUGCCCUGGGGGGGCAUUCCAAAGGCUUGCUGCUGCUUCUCCUUUUGAUUUGUACACUCCUGCCAAAAUGAGCAACCCAAUGUAGGCUUGCAAGUCCUACAUUACACGCGCCUCCCCUCUAAAUUUGUCAUCUUUCUCAAUUGGUGGUGUUACGAAGAGCUCGAAUGCUGACUUUAUGUCUUGGACAUGGCUGACAGCUUAUCUUGUGGGGCCUGGAACCAUCUUUAUCACACUAGCAGCAUUAAUUCUACCCUGAUGUUCAAGUGGGGAGCGGAACCAUGUUAACUUUCUAUUUUUGGAAAGUAACGUGUCUGCAAUAUUAUGUCAACCAUUUAUUUAGAUACGUUAAACAUUGAAUGGUGUCAAAUUGACCCCAAGGAUAACAGGAGGGUUACACUUAAAUAUGCUGCUAAGUGGUGUGGAUUGCUUCCAAACAAAUUAACAUGCACUGACAAUAAAGCAUCUUAUCUAUUAUUUAUGUUUCCCAUCUUAUCGUAUCUUAUCUUACCUUAUAUUACCUAACAACAUUUCUUUCAGUUAAACAAAGAUAAGACUCCAAAAAAUUGUCAUCGGCAAUAAAAAAAAGUAAUGUCUGCGCUUUAUUCUUGAGGAAUAAAAACAAACAUCUAUGUCAAGAACCUUGGUGUAAUCAUUGAUAAAGAUUUAAAUUUCAUUGGCCACAUUGAAGCUGUAACAAAGUCAUCAUUCUGGAAUCCAAAAACAUAGCAACAGUCUGCCGAGUCUGACCAAGAACAAUAGAAAAUACAGGUUACUUAUAUAAACACACAAUGAGAUUAUCUAUCCGAAAGAAUGUGGAGGUGCGAGGAACACAUCUUUCUGUGAAUAUUCUUCCCAUGGCAUUAUCUCAAGAGAAGGAAGAGAGGUUAAUUGGAACCUGAACGGUCAAGACUAACUCUACCACAGAUGUUUUACAGACAGAGAACAAAACUAAUAAUAAUAAUAACAAUACAUUUUAUUUGGAGGCGCCUUUCAAGACACCCAAGGACACCUUACAAAAUACAGGAGAUAAAAACAGCAAAACAAUGAGAGGGAGAGCAGACAAACAAAACCAGAGAUAUAGUGUAGACAUGAAACACAGAGCAAUCCAUAUGAAAAGUUUGAUGAUCCCCAUGGUAGUGUAGAGGGGUCAGAAACAAUGUAAUCCAGCAGUUUCAUAAUCCAGGUGAUGUCGAGGAGGCUACGAAAACUAACAAAGAAGUCAAAUUAUAAUGGAAAUUUACUGCUUGGCCUCAUAGUGAAAGUUCACUCCAGGAUCAAAACAUUCUUGCUAAAAACACACAAACUCAAAGCUUACAAGGUUGUUGUGGUUAAAUGAGACUAAAUAUGAUAUAUUGCUAUAACAGUAGGGUGGACCUCUGUAAUGCACACCUUGCUGACAUCCCCAAUAAGACCAUUAGAAAGCGGCAACUCAUUCAACACCAAGAAGAGAGGACACAUUUCCCCAAUUCUUAGAUCCCUGCAUUGGCUUCCAGUUAGAUAUAAAAUAGAUUUUUAGGCCCUUCUUGUUGUCUAUAAGUCACUCAAUGAUCUGGGCCACAAAUAUAUCACAGAUAUGUUUGCUGAAUACAAGCUGGGUAGGUCUCUCAGAUCUGCAGGGAAUAGUCAGUUAGUGGUGCCAAGAGUUCAAUUCAAAUGUGCUGAAACAUUUGAAUUCAUUCAGCCAUUAUGCUGCCUACUGAUGGAUUCAGCUCCUCUUGGAACUAAAGCACUGAACAUUUUUCAAACUUUCCCACAGCUUUUCAUGAAUCUGUCAUGAUAUUUUAAUUUAUUUAAUUUGGUUUUAAACUUGUCUGCAAUUUUAUAAAACGUGUCCGUUCUUUUAUUUAUCGUUUUGUACUUCUAUGUCUUAUCUUUUGUCUGUAAAGCACUUUGAAGGACCUCUGCCACUGCCAUAUCUGACUGUUUUCUAUCUUAUCUCAUCAUAGAGAGUCUGUGUACAUUCACAGAAACUGGCGUUUAUUCGGCAACACACCACAGAAAGACAAUGCUUCCAGGAUCAGACAAACAGCCUUAGCAGGUGAUGUACUGGGCAUUUAUUAUAAGGCAAAAGUGACAAUGAUUGCACCUCCUAAUCAUGACAGGUGUGUUCCUGACAUUAAUUGAUGGAAGAGAUGACAAAUGUGUCACUAAUCUUGUUUUGGCACGAUCUAAAUUAAUUAAGUAAAUAUUAAAUUGUUUAAAUUGUGACAAAUCUGAACUAAUUCCUCCUGACUUAGAUAUUUUGUGUGCAAGUUUUUCUUCUUUUAUCCUCCGAUCUAUUCAGUUUUUUUUUUUUAAACCUUUCUGGGUGAAAGUAUUGGUAGUAAAAUACCCAUAAAACCCAGCUCAACAUAUUUUCUAUAUGAAAUUAUACAAAAUUCAAUUGCCACGUUUGUUACAAAUUUUGUUUGUUACCGCUACAGUGAUGAUGUACUUUAUCCUUAUAUACAUGGAACACGAAGUUGAAACUGCAACACAGUUAACUACUUCGGUGGUCUGUGGAACAGUGAAGCCGAUCGGCCCUCAUGAGUAGAGUUUUAUGUUUUGCUGCACUUUUGAUGUAAAUAAAUGAUUUGAUAUUUAA